AGAUGCAGCACAGUCGCUCCUGAGAUCUUUCCUUGCAGCAGAACAAAGCAACAGCAGGUACGUCAAAGGUCAGGGGGAGGUUAAAUGUUAAGUUUUCACAGAUUUUGCAUCAGUCAUGUUGAAGUAUAAAUGUAGAUUGUACCAACUUUUAUGUGCGUUAAGGAAGCGAAAUAAAGGUUUUAUUUGUGGUGGGAAAUGAGGAGAGUUGUAUGAAAAGAAAAUCUUUGAUAAUCCUGUAUCAUUUCUCAGCAUUGAGUCAUUUUUCAUCCUUUGAAUUUUCAUCUUUAAUAUAAUGGUACAUGUAUUAGACAAACUUGAAUCUGAUCUUAAAGCUCCUGUGAGGACUUCUUUGACAUUUAUCAAAUGGGCUGAAAUUCAUAUCAAUGUCUUUUUAAGGUUCACAAAACCAAACAAGACCAUCAAUAAUAAGUUUAACCAUGGUUAUAAUGUCGUUUUGAUGUCUGAAACUAAUGCGAGGGGGUAGGUAACAGUUGGGCUGCUGAAGAAAAUUGUUGUUUUUAUGUUUUCCAUAUCAACCUUUUAAAAUAAAUGACAAAUUUUUACUUUCACAAGUCAGCAGGAUGAGAUUUCUUGUCAGAACUUACUACUCAAGCAUUUUAUAAUAAUAAUAAUAAUAAUAAUAAUAAUAAUACAUUUUAUCUAUAGAACAGAAUUCAACUUUAUUGUCAUUGCACAUGUCACAAGUACAGAGCAAGGAAAUGCAGUUUGCAUCAAUCCUGAAGUGCUGAGCAAGUAUAUAUAUUUACAAAUGUACACGGUAUGAAGUAGAUAUAUACAUGAGUAUAUCACAGGUAUAUAACAUUGUUAUGAAUAUGCUAUAGCUAUAAGUAUGUACAGGCUAUGAACAGAUUAUACAUCUGGUUGUAAAUAUGAAGGCUAUAAACAGACUAUAAAUAUAAGUAUAUGACAGAUAAAUUAUGCAGUAGUGCAAUAUUGGAUGGAUUUACUUUUAUGGGUGCUCAAAGACACUUUACAGGGAAACAGAAUUUAAAAUACAGAAAAUUUGUGGUAAUAAGACCAACAAUGUAAAAAGUUAAAAAAGACACAAUAUGAAAAGACAAUAAAAGAACAGUUCACUGGCUGUUUUUAGGAGUGAUUUGAAAGUAUGGGGGUCUGAACAGUCUCGGACAAAAUAUAUAAAGGACAAAAUAAGCAAAGACUGCUUCAUCCACAGGGGGGCGCUAAGAUUGAUACAAACCAAAAAUUCCUCACAGGAGCUUUAAUCUGUUAUGAACUUAGUAUCUUACUCUUCUGUGUGGUGUAGAGCUGAUAAUAUCUGUCUUUUUACACUCAAAAUGUAAACAGGUUUUCACAUGGCUACUUUGGCCGCAACCUUUGUGGAAGAAACCAACGACAGGAGUAGAGAAGAGGAAUUUGAGGACAAUCAGGACGAAGAGGAGGAGAUAGACAAAAACGAUGAGGAAGAGAAGAAGGGUAAGAUGCCCGACAAAGAUAUAACAUAUAAAUAUAAUUACAUUGAGUAGACGGUGUGUCGAAAGCUGCACAGAUCUGAGUGUCUACCUCUUGUAUCAUCCAGAUGAACCAGCUGUCCCUGUACAGAAGAAGCCGCUCUGGGCUCCGUGUUUCUUCUGCUCAUCAUCCAGAGAGGUGUACUCUUAUGUCGGCCAUGAGAUCAGUAUUGAAGAGGGUCUCGACUCGUAUGCAGGCAUGAUCUGGCCAGCUGUGAGUACAGGCCUCAUUGACUUUUGCAACCUCGUAUGAAAUAGGAUGAUGUAUACAUGCGUGCAACCACAGUUGUCAGAGUGCAUUGCUUUGCAAACAGGAAGUGAUGUAAUCAAAUGUCUUCAAUCAAUCAAUCAAUCAAAUUUUAUUUAUAUAGCACUUUACAAUAUCCCAAAUGGUACCCAAAGUGCUUUACAUAAAAGCAAUAAAAUAACACAAGAAAAAAUACCAUUAUAAAAUAAUACAAUAGAAUAGAAUAAUACAAGAACGAUGAAAUAAUAAAAAUGAAUCUGAAAAUAAAAUAAUACAAUAAAAUAGUAUGUAGAAGUGUGGAUUUCAGUUCUGGAUUGUGGGGCCCCUUAACUCCAUUUUCCACUCUCCAUUUUCCACCAUGUGUGUCUGCGAGACAUAAAAACCCCUAAACUAGACCCCCAAACUAGAACUGCCUUUGCUGUCAAAGCAGCAGUCUGAUGAAUUUGUAGUCUCACCAGUAUCUCUUUGUAUCUCUGGUUUGUUAUUGAUUACCCCUCAGGGUUUGGCUCUUUGCCACUACCUUGAAACUCACCGUGAACAGAUCGAUCUGAUGGACAAGGCAGUCCUGGAGAUCGGGGCAGGAACCGGUCUCGUUUCAAUCGUGGCAACACUCCUUGGUAUGAGAUUCAAAUCUUACUCAAUUUGCUCAUCUGUUGUGUGACUACCAGAGUUUAAGUCAAAACAAGACACGUAGAGAAAUCUUGCUCAGAAUAAAAGGGCCAAAAGCAAAAGAUAUUUGAGGUGAUUACUUCUGCUGGUUUCCUAAGGUUACCACAAGCUAAGUACGUGCUGUCGACAUAUUUCCCUGAUUAAUGUUUGCUACAGGAAGUUGAAAGUAGCCGCAUAAAGGGAUCACAUGCAAUUUCGGAUACGCUAUUAGUCUGGAGUAUUUUCAUAGCCUGACAGGGGUGAGAUAAGACACUCUGAAAACAUGUCAAAGCUUUGACAGUUUCUCGUGCUGUCCUCAGGUGCUUGGGUGACAGCCACAGACCUGCCAGCAGUCCUGAACAACCUGAGAGUGAACCUAAACAGGAACACCAGAGGCCAAUGCAGAUACACACCCCAGGUCGCAACUCUAUCCUGGGGUUACGACCUGGAGCGUACCUACCCUAAAUCUGUGUAUCGUUACGACUACGUGCUGGCAUCGGAUGUUGUCUAUCACCAUGACUACCUGGACGAGCUCCUGGUAACCAUGAAGCAUUUCUGCAGACCAGGGACAACUUUGAUCUGGGCCAACAAGGUCAGGUUUGAGACUGAUCUGAGUUUCACUGAGAACUUUAAAAAGGCUUUUCAGACAUCUGUGCUGUUUGAAGAUGGGGAGAUGAAGAUCUUCAUGGCAACGUGUAGAGAUGAAGAGGAUGAUGUGAAGCAUCUCAGUGUAAAUACAGAAGAAGAAGAAGAAGAAGAAGAAGAAGAGAAGGAGGAGGAGGAGGAAGAGACUGUGUUGCUCAAAGACAAUAAGUACAAAGAGGAUGAGAAGGAUACCACUGAGACUGAUGACGCACGCUGUAGCUCAGCCAGUGAUGAAGACUUUUCAGGUGAGUCAUUUCUAUGAUAUUUGAAAAGAAAAUAUGAGAGAAUUUGUCUAUUUAGGAGUUAGAUUUACCUGUAAUCUGGCUUUUCUUUUUUAAUUAAAAAAAAAGUGUAAAUAACCGCUUUGUGCAAAUUUCAUUACAUCAAGAUCUUUUCGAAUAUUUCAGUUUAAAGUUUUGAAGUUUAAUCUUGACAUCAACAUUAUAAGAAUCAAAUUUGUUAUUUAGUUUAAUGACUCAACCAACAUUGUUGUUAAGGAUGUCAGUGCUUUCAUACUUCCUCUAAAAGGAAGAGUGUAACUGCUUCAUUUAAAGGGAUAUUCCGGCAUAAAAUUAAUUUAGGGUCAAACACACCAUAACACCGAGUUAGACACCCCCUCAAGAGAUGAAUGUUGCCGACCGCUUGCUUCUCUAGUUAUACCAACUUCAGUAACGACCGCAAGAUAGCAAUACAGAGAGCCACAAACCUCAACCAAAAAGCCACUCUAUAGCCACAAAUAAUGUUCAGAACAGCACCUAACUUCAUCAACGGGACAUAUAGGGUCCCAGCCACAGCACUAACCACCAAACAUCUUUUUAGCUUUGCCUAAUUUCUUCAUCAAAGAGACUAAACACAACUCACCUACUCUCUUCCAGCAGCUGCUUGUUCGUAGCACGACCUCAGGCCAGUCCAUUACGUUGUGUUUAAUUAAAGGGAAUAUCCCUUUAAUUAAUCACUUAUCUUUUGUUGCUAAUAGCCAGGCUAAAUCUAAAUUUAUAAAUGUUAAGGGUCUCAACUAAAGAUUGACCAAGAUUUAGGUAUUUUAAAAUGGUUGAAAUCAUACGAGCUGAAUGUUUGUGAUCAAUGUUAGCACACUGGCAUAAGCAUGUAGCUCAAAAGAGAAAGUCCAAUGUCACUUCAUAGAGCUCUUAGCAUGGCUGUGAAGAGGUCACUUUUAAAAUAUCAUCACCCCAAUCACCUCUAAAUUCAUUCACCUAGACCUUUGGACUUUUACAGAUAACACACAAACCAGCAACAAGAACCCACAACUCUUUAUCCUCCACCACAUGACGUCCUUGUGUUUUAACAGUUUCAAAGCGGGCUAAAAUGAAGCCUGUUUCACAAUUCAUUUUGUCAUUUUUGGUAAAGUUGACAACAUCAUGUAAUUUAAAAGGCAUUGUUAUUUCUGCUUAAAAGCCAAAUGGGAAUGCCACCAACUCUUGUCCAGUCCACGAUUUUCAGCACUGCAAGAACAAACCACAAAUUUCCACCUGUUUUGAAAAAGCCACCCCAUAGAAACUAACGUUGAAGAAACAAUAUGUUCCUGGAACUAAGUUUAGACCAGAAUCCUUGCAGAAGAACCACACUAAAGUCCUACAACAGAUCAUAGUCCCCAGGUAAAGCCCACUGUGGUAGACAAGCCAAAUGUUCCCAGCCCUAUGAAGAGAUAAAUUUAGGUUUGUUUUUCUGGAGCUGUCUUGUGUUCGAGUGGUUUACAGCAAAGUGAGAAGGCAUCUUUUGGACGAAAAAGCAUUUGGCGAGACAAGCAGCAAGAAAUUAAAUUUGAACUGUGACUCACAAGUGAUGAAGCCAAAAUGUGGUGAGGUCAUACAGUUUAGUUUGCUCUCAGUUAAACCAGAUGGCAAAUUGACUUCCCCCAGAGUAUCUGGACAUAUAAGGAAACAAGACACAGACUGAUUUAUUGUUUUAUCAGAGUUGGAUAAAUUGGUUAUUUCAUGUGCUGAACAGAUUUCUUAAUCCUUUUUUAACUGAUGUUUAAACCUACAGUUUGUAGUGUAAAGGUUUGGAUCGCUGCUCUCUCUACAGGACAGGAGAACAUCAACCAAACAGUGGUGAAGUAUGACCCAACGACAACCUGGUUCCCCAAAAUCAACAGAAGACUUGAUAGAGAUAUCUACCACUACGUUGGACAGGACAUCGUCAUUCAUGAGUCCAUUGACUCUUUUGGAGCAGUGAUGUGGCCUGCAGUAAGCACCUCUGAAAACAUAAAAUAAAAACAUUACAUGGGGUGAAUAAAGCAGGAUGAAUAGAUUACCUUACCUACUAUAGACUACCUACCGUGUCCACAUAGCAACAGGUCUUUAUCUGUUUGUCCUGCAGGCUUUGGCUCUGUGCUCCUAUUUGGAAAACAACAGGGAGAGGGUGAACCUGCGGGACAUGGAUGUGCUGGAGUUGGGAGCAGGAACAGGACUGGUGACUAUUGUUGCCAGUCUUCUGGGUGAGAAAUGAAUACAGAAAUAACACAAAGAUAGAUACGCUCUCGAGCCUCCUGUUGCUGUAGCUGUGGUGGUUUCAUAUAUCUUGUUUUGCAUCCUCAGGAGCAUCAGCCACAGCUACAGACCUACCUGAGAUUCUGAGCAACCUCCAGGCAAACGUGACAAGAAACACCAAGGGGCGCUGCAGACACACACCCCAGGUUAAGGCUCUAUCUUGGGGUUACAACCUGGAGCGUACCUACCCUAAAUCUGUGUAUCACUACGACUACGUGCUGGGAGCUGAUAUUGUCUAUCACCAUGACUACCUGGAUGAGCUCCUGGUAACCAUGAAGUAUUUCUGCAAACCAGGGACAACUUUGAUCUGGGCCAACAAGGUCAGGUUUGAGACUGAUCUGACUUUCACUGAGAACUUCAAAAAGGCUUUUCAGACAUCUGUGCUGUUUGAAGAUGGGGAGAUGAAGAUCUUCAUGGCAACAUGUAGGAAGUAAAGGACUGAGGCUGUGGGAUUCGUUUUUGCAAGAAAUAAAUCCUAACUGUGUUCUACAUUCCUCAUCCCUUACCUUGGUCUGAGGGCCGAGGUGAUUAUUUCAUCAACUUCUACAAUUAUAAAAACAGGAUUUACGAUUUUCUGACCGCAGAAGCACCUUCUCUUUCUUACUGAAUGCAACAAAUUGGUUUUUGGAUGUAAUUUCUGCUUCUUAAAGUCUGUGGAUUAUUUUUCAAUGUGAAACAAAUCUGUGCUUCUUUGUAUUGAAUGAUUUUGUAUCUCAGUAUUAACCUAGUACAUACAUUUUUCCUAGCGUUGGGAGGAAAUAUCGAUUCACAUAAGUAUCGUGAUUUUUUGUUUUGAAAUUUUUAGAUUUUUAUGUUCAAAAAACAAUAUUUUGUCCCAAAUUUAAGAACAAAUCCUAAAAACUGACUAACAUGUGAUGUGUAUUUUGGGGGAAAUAUGGUUCCUGGAAUAGUCAGUAGACAAUCAUAAUCAUUCAAAAAAAUGCAGACUAAAAAUCGACAAUAUCCUAGAAUCACGAUUUAAAUCGAAUCGACAUCCAAAAAAUCGUAGAAGAAUUGAAUCGGGAGAAAAGCAUAUCGUCCCAGCCCUAAUUUCUCCUUUCCGUUUUAAAUCCCUCAGAGGUUUUCCUCUUUUCACAGGUGGGUAAAAUGAAUAAAACUAGUAAAUUAUAUUCUCUCGAACAAUAAUCAAGUCAAAGUCCAAGUUUGAAAUACGCAGCUGAGGCUCCAUGAACUAGUUUACAGUUUCAUGUUUAUUAAAAUGGGACGGAUUUACAGUCUGUACACCCUAUCCACAUUGCAUUGAUUUAGAAAGCAACAAACAAGUACAAAUGCAGUAUAUACAUACCAGUUUACAUAUAUUUAUAAAAUACAAGAGUAUUUUUUCCACACAACAGUACUGUAUCUUUGAAAGUAUAUGAAGUCAUGGAUAGGAGGCCUUUUUAGCAAGCAACACUUGAACAGGUCAGACAGAAAGAGGCUGUGCAGAAGCUGUGAAUCUCUGUCAUGGAGAGUGAGCCAAGCCGACAGUAUCUUUAUUACUGUGAUCUGCGUGUUAGAAAAAGAGUCUCAAGAGUUCCUCAGAGAAAUGUGUUUCGAUCAAGGAAGGCAAAGCAUCAACAGCACAGGCAUCAGAGAAGUAAGAAAACCCCACAACAGUGAUGUGCUGAGGAAAGUCGGACAUGUAGAUAAGUUUCAAAUAAACACCUGGUAGAAAACCUCUUCUUGCCCUUUUUACUUCUCGUGUUCAAGACAAACUGGUUUCAACUCCCAUAACAGCUCAUUUUAUAACGCUGCAUCUGCAUGGACAUCUUCAAUAAAUUACAGCUGCACUCUCAAAAGAAACAACAUGGAGGUACACUGAUUUCACUUUAAGAGUGUACUCUGUGUACAGCAGCUGCAACAGGGAAACACUCGUGAAAUAAACAGUGUUCGUUAAUGACAAGCCUCUAAAAAAUUAAGGCUUCAUAAUGAUCAAGUUUAAUUUGAAUUUAAUUUCUUUCAGGUUUCGAAAAAGAUGUUGUGAUUAAAAUGUUAAACUCUUAAGGGUCAGACUUUGUUUUCUCUUAUUCUCUAAUUUAAGAAUAAACUCUAGCUGUAUGCACUAA